GCCGCCUCCCGGCCCGGAGGCGAGCGGUCGCGAACGUGCGGGCCAUGGACGAGGCGACACAAUUGUUGUUUUUCAGGCGCCUCCAUUUGCUUCCGAGCCGAGCCGUGGUUUUCUGGAUGAUUGGGAGACGAGGUGUGGACUGGCCAGAAAAGGAGUCGUCGGGCCCCUGCAGAGACCCGGCCUCGGCGAGGACACCCGGGAGACCCGGCUGGAAGGAUGAGGAGCUGCUGCUGUGGACUUCCGCCGCAGCAGGAGGGAUCUGAGUUAGACGCUGGGAAGGAGUUCCAGGCUGUGAGCUCAGUUUGUAAAGGUCUUAAGAGCAAGAACGGUGACUUUGGCUUCAAAGCCUCAAGGUAGUGGCCUGCUUGACACAUCUCAGGUCCUCUCCAGGAGGACCUGGCCACCAAAGGGUCGUCUUCUGCUGCUGACCCCCAUCAAAUCCCAUCAUGCCCACAGCCCUGUGCCCCCGAGUCUUGGCUCCGAAAGAAAGUGAGGAGCCCCGGAAAAUGAGGAGCCCACCUGGAGAGAACCCUAGCCCCCAGGGGGAGCUUCCCAGCCCUGAGUCUUCCCGACGCCUCUUCCGCCGUUUCCGCUACCAGGAGGCAGCAGGCCCCCGGGAGGCCCUGCACCGCCUCUGGGACCUGUGCCGGGGCUGGCUGCGGCCCGAGAGACACACCAAGGAGCAGAUCCUUGAGCUGCUGGUGCUGGAGCAAUUCCUGGCCAUCCUGCCCCGGGAGAUUCAGAGCUGGGUGCGGGCCCAGGAGCCGGAGAGUGGCGAGCAGGCUGUGGCUGCUGUGGAGACCCUGGAACGGGAGCCAGGGAGACCCUGGCAGUGGCUCAAGCACUGUGAAGACCCUGUGGUGAUUGAUGAUGGGGACAGCACUCUGGACCAGGAACAGGAGCAGUUGCCAGAGGAAUCCCAGAGUGACCUUGCAAAGAGCCAGGAUGCCCAGCCCAUGGCCCUGGCACAGGGCUUGGGGCUCCCAAGCAGACCACCAGGCCAGCUCAAUGGAGACCCAGUUCUGCAAGAUGCUUUCCUUCUGCAGGAAGAAACGGUGAGGGAUGCACAGCAGGUGGCCACUCUCCCGCUGCCCCCGAAUCGGGUUUCUCCAUUCAAAGACAUGAUCUUAUGCUUCUCUGAAGAGGAUUGGUCCCUCCUAGACCCUGCCCAGACUGGCUUCUAUGGAGAGUUCAUCAUUGAAGAGGACUGUGGGGUCUCAAUGCCUCUGAAUGACCCAGUUACCCAGCCGGAUCUCUCCCAGGGAGAGGAGAAUGAGCCACGGGUUCCAGAGUUGCAGGACCUCCAGGGGAAAGAAGCACCCCAGGUCUCCUACUUGGACUUUCCAAGUCCCCAGUCUUUCCAGGUGGAAGAAAGGAGGAGAAGGGAUGAGCUGCAGGUACCAGAAUUCCAGGCCUGCCAGCAGACGGUGCUAGCACAAAGCACUUGCCCAGCCGGAGGUGACGCACCAUCCCUAGAGCGCAGCCUCAAUGAGGAAGUGACCAUCGAGAUUGUCCUGUCCAGCUCUGGCGACGAAGACUCCCAGCACGGCCCCUACUGCGCAGAAGAGCCAGGGAGUCCCGCGGAAACACAGCGCAGCCUCCACGCCUCCCACCUGAGUAGUGCUGAGGCGGGGGGCGAGGGGCAGACCUCCAAAAAGUCCUACGUGUGCCCGAACUGUGGGAAGAUCUUCCGCUGGAGAGUCAACUUCAUCCGGCACCUGCGGAGCCGCAGGGAACGGGAAAAGCCACACGAGUGCUCCGUGUGCGGGGAGAUGUUUAGUGACAGCGAGGACCUGGACGGUCACCUGGAGACCCACGAGGCGCAGAAGCCUUACCGGUGCGGUGCCUGCGGGAAGAGCUUCCGCCUCAACUCCCACCUGCUCUCUCACCGGCGCAUACACCUGCAACCGGACAGACCGGAGCGGGGAGCCUCGGAGGACGCUGGCGAGGAGCCUGGAGACGCGCAGGAAAAGAGCGAGUCGGAGUUGAGCUACCAGUGCUGUGACUGCGGGAAGGGGUUCCAGAGGCACGACCAGCUGGUGCGGCACCGCAGCUACUUCCACCCAAAGGACAAAGCCCGGCCCUUUCAGUGCCGGUACUGCGUCAAGAGCUUCAAGCAGAACUACGACCUCCUCCGCCAUGAGCGCCUGCACAUGAAACGCCGCUCUAAGCAGGCUCUGAACUCCUACUGAGUCCGCCCCUGUGGGCAGGUGCUCCCCUCACAGUGGGACUGAUGGCCCUCCCGCCCCAACCCAGGACGCACCUUGCCCAAGAUAAGAGAGCAGACCACUCCUGCCUUUUGCUCUCAGGUAGCAUCCGACUUUUGUGUGGUGCCAUGGUGGUCCCUCCCCUCCCCCCAGAUAGUGAGGUAGUGGCCAACUGAGUGUUUGUUUCUGCUGUGCCAAAAAAACAGGGAAGAUGUGUCACUACCAGCUUCAACAUGCCAGGGGUGUCUGUAUCUGACAAGAUCCCCACCCAGUGCUCUCAAAGCUGGUAGAGGGAUUUGGCUGCCCCAGUCACAGCAAACCCUUGGUUACCAACCAGCCCGCAAUAUGCUUUUUCCCACCCUGUUUUGUGUAAACACUACCACCAGAUUCCAAAGUUUGAGGGUGGCUCCUCCUCCUAUCUGACAGCUGCUAAAGGGUGAUGGGAGGAGGAAGACAGAAAGGCUGGGCAGGACUUUGAGGCACAGUGGGGCACCAUGCCACCACAACAAGCCAUGUCAUGCCACCAGAAGUCUGAGCCCCGGGUCCAUGACCGUCAGGCCGGCAGGCAUGGAGUGCUACAGAGACCCCAAGGUUAUCAGGUGGUCCUUUGGGGCCUGGAGUCCAUGGCUUGGAAAAGCUCAUCAUACCUUUUGAUUUGUCUUGGCGGCUGGUUGUUAGCAUCAGGAGCUCAUCCAAGGCAAAGCUUGCAUUUGAAGCUGUGUUACACACCCUCCCCAAAAUGUCUUUUCUUUAUACCCUGAAGGUCCUUGGUAAAUGCUUGUGGUAUGGAAACUGAAUUGUCAUCAUUUACAAGGCACUUAAAUCCUUCUUCCCAUCUGUCCUGUCUGGGAAUAUGGAGCUCAGCCCCUAAGGAAGGGUUCUGCCUGGGUGGGCCAAGCCCUGGCACAGAAUCUUCUAUGACUUCCUACUCUACAGGUACUUGGAGGCUGGUUGGUUCGUUUCCCAGGGCUGUUGUAAUGAAGUACACACACCAAACCCUGGGCAUUGUAUUGUCUGACUGUUUUGAAGUCUGCAAGUCCCAGGUGUUGGUGGAGUUUGUUCCUUCUGAGGGCCCUGGAUAGAAUCCACUCCAUGCCUGUCCUAGCUUCUGGUGCUUUGUUUGGCAAUUGUUGGUGUUCUUUGGCAUGUUAAAAGCAUUACCCAACCUCUGCCUUCAUUGUUACAUGGUGCUUUUGCUGUGGAGUAUCUGUCUCUGAAUUUCCCUUUUGUCAUACUGGGUUAGGGACCACGCUACCUACUCCAGUAUAACUCAUCUACACCUGCAAUGGCUAUUUCCAAAUAAAGUCACUUUCUGAAGUACUAGGGGUCAGGACUUCAACAUUGGAAUUUUAGGGGGACACAGUUCAACCCACAACUCCAGGUAAUCCUUCAAGGUGCUAUCAUGACUGAUUCACCUGAUCUCAUUGAAGGAAGGGUUUGCUCCAAGCAUCCACCCUCAGGGCUGGUGUCCUCAAUGUGGAAGAAUCUUAAGUCUUUAAAGUUCAGAGCCUGGGGGUCUACCCUGAGAGUCCAUUGGUAGUGAAACCUCAGCAGUUAUGUCAGCUGGGGUGUGUCAUAACUGUGUCAGCAGUGGUUGAAUGUGAAAGCCACAGCCAGGGAAGUAUUUUAUUAUCUGUGUAUGAGACGCCACGAUGGACAGUAAGCCUGGGCAAAUGAAUGCAAGGUGCCUGUUGCUCUUUGUCAGCCACAUAAUCUUUACAUCAAGAAGCCUCUGCCCAAAACCCAGGAUGGAAGUUAAAAGAUUUUUCUAACUAUAAUUACUGUUUCUGUGUAGAUUCAUCUACAUACCCAGGAUCAGUAAAUGCAAUAAAAUCAUUUGGGCAUACAUUGAAAAAGAAAUAAACUGUGGGUGGCACCUGUGUCUCAAGGAGUAGGGUGCCGGUCCCAUAUACUGGGGAUGGCAGGUUCAAGCCCGGCCCCAGCCAAAACUGCAAAAAAGAAAAGAAAUAAACUGUUAUGGUUUUUAGUUUCUAAAUAGUUUGUCUCUUGUAUUGAUCUGCCUAGAAAAGGGAGAAAUUGGAUUUUAAAGGCCAAGGGAGAAAAAUUUCCAAACAGAUGGCUGACACUGUACACAAUUAUCCCCACCCACUUAUGUGGAUUCUGUUAGGACCACCAAGGCCUGGAAAGGUUAUUUACUCUCUGACUUCAGACAUCUGUCUAAAAGAGGAACAUUGCUGUAGUUACCAGUGUGUUGUAGGUGUAAAACCAGAUCAUAAAUGAGAAAGUGACAAAGGGUAUGUCAUGGAACUGGAACCCCAUCACCUAUCCAAAACCAACAAGUCACCUCAGUAAUCAGGAGGUCACAUUGCUUCUGGUUUGGAAACCCUCCUAGGUAAUGUAGCUUAAAUUCCAGGUUCACCCCAUGCAAAGGGGGCAGACGGGGAUUGCCUCCUCUGAGGAAAAAUCUGUCAGCCCUUGGCCAUUGAUAUUUUUGGCCUCAGCUAAAAACAGCUGGCCCACUUGGUGCCUCACCUCUCUCCCUGUCUCCUCACUGGGGUGGCAGGCCAACUGGAGCUAUGUCUCCACCUUGCCAUAGAUGCUGAGACCCCAUGCCCGAGAAGCAUCUUCCCUCUUUAUUCCUCUGAUGCCCCUUUGGCAUCAUUCUCACAAACCCACAGGUGCAUAAUAAAAACUCACUUG